AUGGCUGUAAGUGUCGGAAAAGAAAGUAUUAAUCAACGUGUUCUUCGUUUUACCGAUGUUGCUAAAGAACCGCAUGAAAUUGGUAUGCAUAUUAGUGGUUAUGAGAAAAUGCCAUUAGUAUCACUAGAACAAGCAGUUGAACCACUUGUUUCACAGUUACCAGCAAUUGAAACCUAUGCGCAUGCAGCCAAAGAAAAGUGUAAAAAACCAGCUGAUAAUUUGACACGGGAUGAAUCAGCUGCAAUAAUGUUGUAUUCGAUGGCAUGGCAACCAUCUAAUCAAUGUUUGUAUGUUGCUUUAAAUGCUGCUUUACGAUCGACUGAUCCGACAAGACUUAAACCAUGGUUUUUAUAUCUUCGACUCUUUCUAUUCGCUUUAUUUCAUCUUCCUCCGAUUCCCAAAACCACAGUAUUUCGAGGAGUUAAAUUGAAUUUAACAUCGCAAUUUCAAAAGGGCGAAAGAAUCAUUUGGUGGGGCUUCUCUUCAUGUACAACUUCAGUUGGGGUUCUACAAUCAGAAACAUUCUUAGGAAAAACAGGUCCACGAACAAUGUUUGCCAUUGAAUGCCAUUCGGCUAGAGAUAUUCGUAGACAUUCAUAUUAUCCAUCUGAAGAUGAAGUACUUCUAUUGGCUGCUACUGAAUUUCGAGUAAUGAGCAUUCUUGAUCAAGGUCAUGAUCUUUACACCGUUCAAUUGAAAGAAAUUCAAACUGAUACAUUAAUAGCUAUCAAAACACAAGACGAACAAGACGAUGAAAAUGUUGUUGUAACAAAUACUUUUUAUAUAAAAAAUUCUUCACCAUCAACAUUACAACAAGAUCCUGAAGUGCAACGUACUAGAAGAAUUAUUUUCAUUUUACCUCCUGUUUGUCUGGCACUUUCUUUGAUCGGUAUAUCAGCAACAGCUGCUUUUACAUCAAUUGAUGUUGAACAUUUUACGCUAUUCACUCAUCAUUUAGCACUACUUGCUGCAUAUUCUACGUCAAUUUUAUUGUACCCUUUGGGUGUUUUUGCUGCUUAUAAAUAUUCUAAAAUCGGUUUAAAAGUGUUUGCUUGGCUUGGUAUUAUUUACCAGAUUGGCGGUGGUAUUGGUUAUAUAUUGAUUGUUGGUAUUAAUGACGAUGUAGCUUUCGCUAGAAAAAAAGUAUCUAACGAUAAUAAAAAUCAAGGAACUAUGAUUGAUACAUCAACAAGUAUUGCUAUUUUUACUACGAUUCUCAUUACACACAUUAUUUUUUCUUCUAUUAUUGCAAAAAUGUCAUUCAAAUUGGCCAAACUUAUUAAUAAUUACAAAUCUUUAUCUAUGCAAGGAAUUUAA